AUGGACCCAUAUCGAUCCAGUGAUGACAUGAAAGAUGGCACUGCGAGAAGAAUGAACGGAAAGCGUUCGAGGGAAGCGAAGAUACAAAAAUGGCAAAACAAACAAACGAAGUUAGAAAAGAGAAGAGAAGAAAUUAGUAAUCGGGACGAGUGGAUCGAAAAGCAUUCAGACUUUGUUUCGGUGAUAAACCUAGAGGACGUGAGAGAUGCAAAGAACAUCGCGUCCGGAAACGCUCUUCGCGAGCGUUUGUCUCCAUACUUUAAUCUACAGGACAACUCAUUGGUUUCCCGAGCGAAAGAUGGCCGACGGCGCUUUAUUGCUGAAGGAACAGAAACUGUCCGACUCCUGAUGCAGCAAUUAACUGUAAGCAACAAUUCUUCUUCCGGACUUUUUCCGGUUGAGGUUGAGUCCAUCUUUGUAAAGCCGAGUGUCUUCUUCGACCCUCCUGUUUCGCUCAUUUUCGACUUUCAGAAGAUGAUUGACUUGACAAAGCAUACUACUGUUUGUGUAAGCGAGGCUGCUAAAAGGGCAAAAGUCCAUGUCAUGAUCGGAGCUGAAAAUGUAUUGAGCGAAGCCGCUGGAUUUACAAUAUCGAGAGGGGCCUUGGCAUGCGGCUUCGUCCCCGAAAAUCGUAACUUUGCCUGGUUGAUGGAAUAUUUUAGAAAAACAAGAAUGUCUGGUGAAGGGGAGCUUCGCCUGUUGGCGCUAGAUGGAAUUUGCGACACCGCAAAUCUAGGAUCCGUUGUACGGUGCGCCUCGGCGUUUGGGGUUCACGCCGUUCUUUUAAGUAAGGAUUGCUGCGACCCAUGGUACCGUCGAGCGGUGCGUGUGUCCAUGGGUCACAUUUUCCGAAUACCAUGUGUGCGAGUCGACAAUUUAGUUCAAGCCCUAACUGCACUAUCGCAAGAACCAUUCGCAGUCACUUCCUACGCAGCUGUGAUCGACCCGAGAGCGGAUCUUCUGUUGGAGAACAUCGCACAAGGCGCUAUUCCAAAAUCGUGGUGUUGUAUUGUGGGUAGUGAGGGGAAAGGAAUUUCUUGUGACGUUAUCCAAGCUGCGACUACAACCCUCAGGAUCGGGAUGUACGACCACGUUGAUUCACUGAGUGUCCCUGUGGCUACAGGCAUUUUGCUGCAUGGUUUGAGCGAGCGCUCAAAACCGCUUCUAUAG